AUGCCGUGUCAUUUGAUGGUUGCAUGCUCACUUCCCGUGAGUGUGCGCGUGGCCGUCGUGGGUGGCUGCUGGCGCGGUGUGACUUUCUUUGUAUGGGUGCGUGCGGAAUCUCCUAUGCGCGUGGACUUGGUGGGAUGCCGCCUUUUUGUUUUUUUUCGCUGCACUCUUUGCUACCUCUACUUCCCUUUCUCGCCUUUUUUUUCUUUCCUCCUUUGCCCUGCUGCCUCACAGCCCCGCUCACUGACUUCAGCAACUCUACAACCACUGACACCACAACGGAUGACGAUGGCGACGGUGCGGCGCCGUGCGGUGUUGGGCCCUGGCGGUCCUUGCGCUGCUGCUGCUGGUGCACAGCAGCUGCUUCGUGUGCGGGGCUGCUUCUGCUCCUUCUGA